AUGGAGAAUAUAAAACCCAAGUUGAAAGUGCUGAAAAAGCGGCGCUCAAGUCUUUUUGCUACGAUAAAACGUGACAAGAGCUUUACACAAAGCAUAGAGGACCAAGAGAGUGAAUUCCCCUUUUCUCAAGACAGUUCUGUCAAAUUAUGGACAUCUAUGGACAACCUGGGCACGCCGGAUGAGAAGAAAGCACCGAUCAAAGACACAUCAAAAGUGAGGAAACCAAACAUUGUCAACCUCAACGUAGGCGGGAAGGUGUUUCACAUCCCCAAACAUCUGGUCCUCCGACAUCCCAAAACCAGAAUUGGAAUCCUGGCCCUGUGUGAAGAUCCAGCCAAGCGUCUGACGCUCUGUGACGAUUACAACGUUCUGAACAAUGAAUUUUUUUUUGAUAGGGACCCAAUGUUUUUCCACUACAUCUUCCACUAUUAUUGCAGCAAUGUGUUGUGGGUGAUGGACAGUCUCUGCCCAGUCAACUUUGAAGAAGAGAUGUCUUUUUGGGGGCUGAAAUUGAAGGACACGCCGAGAUGCUGCCGAAUUCUGUUUGAGGAGAAAGUAGAUGACAUAAGAGAUCAACUGAAGGUCAACCAGGAGCUGAUCGACGAGAUCAAACCUCACCAGGACGAUGAGGGCUACAAGACCAUGUUCCUGGGCACCUUUCGGAAGAUUCUCUGGGACUUGAUGGAAAACCCUUACUCUUCCAUGCCAGCCAAAGCCUUUGCUGUGUUUUCCAGUCUUUUUGUGCUCAUCUCCAUCGUUUCCAUGACAAUGAAUACGGUGGGAGAACUCAGGCAAUACAAACUGGCCGGUAAAACCUACAUGGAGUGGGUGGAGAUUGCCUCCAUCCUUUUCUUCACCUUGGAGUACUUCCUACGCUUGCUCACUACAUCUAACAUCAAGCAUUUUCUCAAGAGCGCCCUCAAUUUUGUCGACGUAGUGGCGGUCAUGCCCUACUUCAUCCAGAUCAUGUUUGAGGUGUUUGUGAUCGAUUCAGAGGACGUCAGUGCGCAACAAGAUUUGAAGGCCAUGGCCAGGGUUAGCAAAGUCAGCAAGGUGCUCAAAGUUGUCAAACUGAUGCGCAUCUUCAGAAUCCUCAAGCUCGCCCGGCAUUCUACCGGCAUGAGGGCGUUUGGUUUCACUAUUCGGCAAUGUUCUGAACAGGUGUGUUGUCUGUUUCUCUUCAUCGCCAUGGGAAUCUUCACCUUCUCCGCUCUCAUGCAUUCAGUGGAGGUGGACCAGCCUGGAACGCCAUUCAGCAGCAUUCCAGAUGCUUGGUGGUGGGCAGCGGUGAGCAUCUCCACCGUGGGCUAUGGCGACGUGGUCCCUAUCUCCUAUCUGGGCCGCUGCGUGGCCUUCGGCUGCAUCUCUUUCGGCAUCAUCCUCAACGGCAUGCCCAUCUCCAUUCUUUUUAACAAGUUUUCUGACUACUACGCCAAACUGAAGGAACAAGAGUACACCUUUUCAAACACCGAGCGCACCUUUCAGCUGAGGAGACGUCUACAGAAUAAGUGCAACAGCUGCCUCCAGCGUCAAGUCGAGGACUCCGAUGAUGAGGUCCACUAUCGGCCCGGCGGGAGGCAGGCUGCUUUUGAAGGGGAAGAUUGA